AUGCUGUGCCACUUUGCGUCCAUCAGUCUGCUGCUGACAGUAAGCUUCGCGGUCAACGUGUGCUUCCCUUUAGGACCAACUUAUCCUGCACCCAGAAAUCCAUCAAAGACAAAGGCUCUUGCACAAGUAUUGGAGAUUUUCAACUCUACCGUUGGUGAGUCACUUAGCGCCAAUGGCUCUUCCUACGGACAAUUGGAUCCAAAGGCCACCUCGUUCUCAAUGGAAAUAUUUUCCUUGCGCGAAGGACAGCCACUGUUCAUGUACCACUUUUCUGCGCCAGAAUUCGCAAAUGCAACUGAAGGUGUGCAAGAAGUCAAUUCAAGCACCAUCUAUCGGCUUGGAAGUAUGUCCAAGCUCCUCUCAGUGUACAACUUCCUGAUAGCAGCUGGGGAUAUUCACUUCAAUCAGCCCAUAACGAAAUAUGUUCCGGAAUUGGCGCAAUACGCAACGCAGCACCAGGCGAGCUUGCACACAAAUGACAUCGAUGCUGUCAGCUGGGAUGAGGUGACGGUAGGGGCUUUGGCCAGUCAAAUGGCGGGUAUCUCCCGUGAAGACGCUUUUGGGCCAGCUCAAGAUGCUGAGCUUAGAGAGGGACUUGGAUUGCCUCAGGUAGCCUCUGUGAACGCAUCCUUCUGUGGCCCCAGAAACAUUCAAGUGCAAGUGCCCUGCACAAGGGCCGGUAUGUGGUCUGAUUCUGCCCCCAUAGAGCUUGAAUUAACAAUGGUGUUAGACUUCUUUAUAGAUUUGUUCGACCAGCACCCAGUCGUACCGUCAUGGCAUACACCGAUCUACUCGAAUGCAGCAUUUCAAAUCCUCUCAUACGCACUGGAAAAUAUCACUGGAGAGGCGUUCAACGAAAGUUUUCAGCAGGGAAUUAUUCAACCCCUGAAGUUGAACCACACUUAUUUGGCGGCGCCUUCGAAUGUAGACCUUGCCGUCAUUCCAUAUAAUCGUUCGUGGUCUUGGUUCGAUUGGGAUAUGGGAGAAGAAUCCCCAGCAGGAGGCUACUAUUCGAAUCUGAAUGACCUUCGCGCCAUCGGCAAAUCGAUACUCAACUCGACAUUAUUAGCACCACAAAUAACAAGGAAAUGGAUGAAACCCGUCACCUUCACUGGUAGUGUCAAUGUUUCUGUUGGCUCUCCGUGGGAGAUCGUUCGGGCUCCCAUGGAGCGUAAUCUAUGGCUUUAUACGAAAGGGGGCCAUAUAGGGACUUAUACCUCUGAGAUCAUUCUCAUUCCAGAGUACGAGAUCGGAGCAACAGUGUUGACGACUGGAGUUGAGGUCAGUAAUGACGUGGAUUUGCUGAGCAACCUCUUCGCCGAAAUCGUGGUGCCAAAACUUGAAGACGUUAGUAAAGAGGAAGCUAAUGCAACAUACACUGGUACAUACACAUCGAUGGCAACAAACGAUACACUGAUCAUCACCAUGGAUUCUUUUCCAGGGCUCCUGGUGAGCAAUUGGACCUGGAAUGGUACCGAUGCUAUUUCUCUUCUCGGUGCACUUAUAGGCGCUGGCCCUGAUCAAGACGUGGAGGUCCGAUUAUGGCCUACAACCUUGACGGCGCAUCCUGCCUCAAGUCCCAAUAUUGCUACUCAGACCAGCUGGCGUGCUGUGAUUCAGAAGCUGCCACUUCCAGAUUAUGGGCCGUUCUUGGGCAACUGUAUUUCAUGGCUUCAAGUUGAUCAACUUACCUAUGGAGCUGUGGGUGUCGAUGAGAUGGUAUUCGAUCUGAACGCCAACGGGACAAGAGCAAUUGGGGUGGAAGCCAGGUUCUUCCGUGCAAAUUACACUCGAUCUUGA